CGCGACGAACAGCAAUAAGAAAAUAACAUGGAUAUUCAGAGACUGUUUUCCCCCAUUUGAACGCCAUUUUUGGCUUUUCAUCGAACUCAGAACUUGCAUCACCAUUUUUCCCGUUACCAAUUCCCCAACCCUUGACCCUUCCUACCACAAUUUCCAAGUUUCUCUUUCAUCUGCAAAUCAGGACGGAGUCCUUAGUGAUCUUUGUGAUCUUCCUCCAAGUCUGAUAUUCAGAUAAACUCUCCUCAUCUCAUUGCGCAUACGUUUAACUUAACUAGAUUAAUUUGCCGUGAGAGGCCAAGAAAGAGAAGGAUUCAAUAUAAAUGGCAGCUAUUUACAGCCUUUACAUCAUUAAUAAAUCAGGAGGGCUUAUCUUCUGCAAGGAUUAUGGUUCUGCCGGAAAGAUGGACACAAAUGAUAGUUUGAGAUUGGCUAGUCUAUGGCAUUCUAUGCACGCAAUCUCUCAGCAGUUGUCCCCGGUUAAUGGUUGUGCUGGUAUCGAACUCCUUCAAGCUGAUACGUUUGAUCUCCAUUGCUUCCAAUCUCUUACUGGAACAAAAUUUUUUGUGGUCUGUGAACCUGGAACUCUGCAUAUGGAGUCUCUCUUGAAGUAUAUCUAUGAAUUAUACACUGAUUAUGUCUUGAAGAAUCCUUUCUAUGAAAUGGAAAUGCCAAUUCGGUGUGAGCUCUUUGACAUAAAUUUAUCACAGGCUGUUCAGAAAGAUCGUGUUGCCUUAUUGGGGAGAUGAGCUUCUCAAAUUCAUAUACCAUAAUUUGGUAAGUUUUGCUGGCAGGUCCAGUUAUGACAUCUAGAAUGUGAUUUUCUUUGUUGUUUCGGGAUAAUGGAUUUGUAAGAUACAUUUUGAGAACCACCACCUCAGAAAUCAUUUCUUUUGUGCACGUUCGCCAACUUGUCUUGGCUGAUUUUAAUGUCGUUGAGUUCAAUUAAAUACAUCCUCCAAUUUAGUAA